AUGGUCUCCAUUGUUGAUGUUAUUGAUGAGUUGGUGGCUAGUGUGAGCCAUUUGAUGUGUAUGAGCGAGCCACUUGAAGUCAUGCUUUCGAACUGUGAUGAAUUCAAAAUCCAAGGCUAUGAAGAGGUAGUAGCGGCUCUCUCAGACUUGGCAGAAGAACCACCAAAUCAUGAGUUGAAAGUACUUCCCUCCCAUAUUGGUUAUGCUUUCUUGGGGGAAAAUAAAACCUUACCGGUGAUCAUUGCAACUGACUUGCUUGAAUGGCAGAAAAAAUUGCUCGUUGAGGUGUUGAGAAGGCAUAUCAAAGUUAUAGGUUGGACUAUCAGUGACAUAGUGGGCAUUCCUCUUGGUAUUUGCACUCACAAAAUUCAGCUUGAUAGUGAUUGUAAGCCAAGUGUUGAACAUCAAUGCAGAUUGAACCCACCGAUGGAAGAGGUGGUGAAAAAUGAGAUAAUAAAGUGGUUAGAAGAAAGUGUGAUCUACCCUACUGCGGAUAGCAAAUGGGUAAGUCCAGUACAAUGUGUACCAAAAAAUGGAGGCAUCCGAGUAGUUCCAAAUGAAAAGGGGGAGCUUGUACCGAUGAGAUCAGUGACCGGAUGGAGAGUAUGCAUUGAUUAUCGGACAUUAAAUUUGUGGACUGAAAAAGAUCACUUUCCCAGGCCUUUCAUGGAUCAAAUGCUUGAUCGACUCUCCGAGAGAGGUUGGCAUUGUUUUUGGAUGGGAAUUCCGGUUAUAACCAAAUCUCCAUCGCUCCUGCGGACCAAGAGAAAACCACCUUCACCUGCCCAUAUGGAACUUUUGCCUUCAAACGAAGAGAUACUUCUUGGUCACAAAGUGUCGCAAAAGGGGCUGGAGGUUGAUAAAGCAAAGAUUGAAGUGGUUGAGAAGUUACCACCACAAAUUUUGGUGAAGGGUAUUCGUACUUUCUUGGGACAUGCUGGUUUUUACCGGAGGUUCAUCAAAAUCUUCUCAAAGAUAGCACAUCCUCUAUGCAAACUCUUGGAGAAGGAUGGGAAAUUCGACUUUGAUGAUGCUUGCAUAGUGGCUUUUAAGUGCCUGAACGAAAAAUUUGUUUCCACCCUAAUCAUCAUUAGAACUGAUUGGUCAGAAUCUUUCGAAGUAAUGUGUGAUGCAAGCGACGCAGCAUUAGGUGUUGUAUUGGGGCAAAAAUGCAACAAACUUUUUCACCCCAUUUACUACUCAAGCAAAACUCUAAACAAUGCUCAACGUACUAAAGUGAUUGUUCACACUGAUCAUGUUGCACUGCGUUAUCUUAUGGCAAAGAAGGAUGUCAACCCAAGAUUGAUAAGGUGGGUGCUUUUAUUGCAAGAAUUCGACUUUGAGGUAUUCACGGUAACUCUUGAACAACUUCCUUGGUAUGCUAAUUUUACCAAUUCCGUAGUGUGUGGAUUAAUGCCAGACGAAAUGAACUUCUACCAACAAAAGAGGUUCUUGUUCAAUGUUAAGAAUUACUUUUGGGAUGAGCCAUAUUUAUUUAGAGAGUGUGAACACCAUUUCAUUAGGAGAUGUGUUCCGGAAGAAGAAACCAUUGAAAUUCUCCAUGCUUAUCAUGCUUCACGGGUUGGGGGUCAUCAUGGUGGUGUAAGUACAACUGCUAAAGUUUUACAAAAUUAUGUUUCUAAAUGGGUAGAGGAUGUUGCAAUUCCAAACAAUGAAGGAAAAAAUGUUGUUCAAUUCCUGAAACGCUACAUCUUUGCUAGAUUUGGUGUUCCUAGGGCUAUUAUUAGUGAUGGGGGAUCCCACUUUUGCAACAAGUGGUUCUCUGCCACAUUGAGUAAGUAUGGAGUGAAACACAAAGUAGCAACUCCGUAUCAUCCCCAAAUGAGCGGCGAAGUUAAAGUGUCAAAUUGGGAGAUCAAAAGCAUGUUGGCCAACACAGUGAAUGCUAAUAGGACUGAUUGGUCUAGAAAGCUUGAUGAUGCACUAUGGGCGUAUCGUACUGCAUACAAAACACUAAUUGGUAUGUCUCCGUAUCAGCUAGUUUUUGGUGCACAAUAUUGUGCGAGAAGAAGAUGCUAUUGGCAGAUCGCCGAACCUGUUCGGUGGGCACGACAUAGUCCGCCCUAUGGACUUGAAAAAUGGGACUUAGAUUUUGGAACAUUUGGCGGGAGACCUUCAUCACUCGGCGAAUCACAGAUACUAAAGUGUGGAAGGAGAUCAAAAGGUGCAAAAUGGCGAGCAACAGUUCCAGUUGGCGAAUCGCUGAAGAAUCCGGUGACCAACUCUAAUUUGCCGUUUGACUCAGGAUAUAUUCAAAAUCAAGAGUCUGUUAAACAAGGCAACAGUUGGAAAUUAUUGGCGAAUCACCGAGCAUUUGGGUGA